ACAUAAUCCAAUUGUUAAAAGAUGAUCAACAUGAAUAAAAGUUCUCCAAAUAUUUUAGUGACCGGUACACCUGGAGUUGGAAAAAGUUUAAUGUGUCGUCUCUUGUCAGAAAGGACAGGAUUAUCUUGGAUAGAUGUUAGCAAAUUUGCUAUUGAAAACAAAUGUUUAGAAGAAUAUGAUGAAGUAUAUCAAUGCCCUAUUUUAGAUGAAGAUAAGUUAUUGGAUCACAUGGAAGAACUAAUGUGUGAUGGUGGAAAAAUUGUUGAUUACCAUGGGUCUGAUUUCUUUCCAGAAAGAUGGUUUGACAUUGUUUUUGUGUUAAGGACUGACAAUACAAUUUUGUAUGAUCGUUUAAAGAACAGAGGUUACACAGGGAAAAAAUUAGAAGAUAAUAUAGACUGUGAAAUAUUUCAAACAAUCCUUGAAGAAGCAAGAUCAGCUUACAGAGAAGAAAUAGUUCAUGAAUUAAUGAGUAAUAAUAUGAAUCAAGUUGCAGACAAUGUAAAUAGAAUAUGCCAAUGGAUUCAACAAUGGAAAGUGUAUUAUAUUAUAAUAUAA